AUGGCGGUCCUCUCUGUCCUCCUUCUCGCUGCAACCUCAGCCUCCCUUGCAAGAGGAUCAGUAACCAUCGCCGACCCAAGCAACUAUGCCGACCUAACAGCUGACGUAUCCGACAACGCCAUAAUGGUCGAUUACACCACCGACAACGGCGGUCCAAUGGAUCUAAUCUACGACAUCACAGGCCCAGAAUACUUCUACGACAAGAAAGGAAGCAUUUCCCAUACCACCGUUUCCGUCGACAAAAACGAUACCAGUGUUGUUGUCGGUACUGAUGGCGCAGAGGUCACGAUUGAAUAUUCAACCGUUAUCAAGGAAGGAUACGGCACCUGGCUUAACCAGGCUAGUUUCUUCGGUGUGAACGCCGCUGUGAAUAUUGCGAAUCAAUCUACCGCCUAUAUCUCGCAUAGCAAUAUUACUACACACAAUGGCGCAGCGAAUGUUUUUGCCUACGGCACUGAUACAGUCGUUUAUGUCGAUGAUGUCGAUCUUUAUUCUUCUGGUCCUACGGCCCAUGGUCUCUACGCUGCUGGAAAUGGUACCAUUGUCGCGAAUAAUGUCCGUCAUUACUCUGGUGGAAACCGUUGUUCUUCUUUCUCUGGCGAUAAUCCCGGUGGUUAUAUCAAUGUUACCGAUGCGGUGGCUCAUACUGCUGGAAUCGGAAGUGCGAUUAUCUAUACGCUCGGAAAGUCUUACCUCACCAAUGUCGUUGGAAAGACCGAACAGGCACCCUGUGUCUUUAGUGAUGGGGAUCAACUCACUUCAUUCAAGAACUCGGAGUUAACUUGUGGUUUGUUGGCGGGUACUGUUCUCUUCAGUUCCUCGACACGGGGAAGUGGUGCAUCUAUUAGUCUCGAGGAUACCGUUCUCACAACCACAGGUGAAGACAUGGCUGGUCUGUGGUUUGGAAAUAUUAUCGCGACAGCCGAGAUCAUCUCGUCUGAGAUUAAUACUAAGUCUGGUAUUUUGUUGAUUGCGAACAGUUCCCAAGUGACGCAGGCUUUUGAUUAUUUUGCUGGUUCUGAGCAGAAUUCGGCUAUCAAGCCUGCGGAGGUUGUUGCUACUGUUUCUCAGUCUACACUUGAAGGGAAUGUUGUUGCUUAUAAUGGGAGCUCUGUUACUUGGGAUUUGAAGGAUUAUUCCUCAUGGACUGGGUCGUUCAAGCUUGGUGAAUCUAGUGGAUCUGCUAGCUUUUCUGUUUCUAUUGAUGAGACGUCUUCUUGGUCUUUGACUUCGGAUGUGCAUGUUCAGUCUUUUACGAAUUCGGACUCGAGUCUGAAGAACAUCAAGUCUCGGGGACAUAGCAUUUACUAUAAUCCGUCUCAUGCUCAGAAUAACUGGUUGAAGAAGAAGACUGUUUCUCUUACUGGUGGCGGUAAACUGAGGCCUUCUUCCUAA